AUGACCUGUCUGCAGUUUGAAAUCAAACACCAAUGGAAUUCAACUCCUGUUGACCAUCGGCCAAUCAACAUAAAGCUGUCAAGUGACCAUGACAACCAGUGUGUACUAAUGGAAGUAGAAGGUCCAUUUUUCAAUGAUCCUUCUGCCCCGAGUGGCAUGGCAGGAAAACCAUUCCCUAAUCUCUGGGAUUAUGAAGUUGUAGAAGCUUUUUUUCUUGGUGAGCAAGACCGGUAUCUGGAAGUAGAACUCUGUCCGCAUGGUCAGCAUCUUUUGUUGCAACUUAAUGGCAUGAGGAACAUGUUGAAGGAUGAAUUAAGUAUUGAUUUUAAUGCCACAAUUGAUGGAGAUACAUGGCAUGGUGUUGCUAAGAUACCAAUGAAAUACUUUCCUCCAAAGACAACAAAAUUCAACGCGUAUGCCAUACAUGGAUCAGGAGAUGGCAGAAUAUAUGAAGCGCUGUACCCUACCCCACAUGGAAAAUAUAAAGAGCCUGAUUUCCACAGACUGGAAUAUUUUCAGGAAGAGAGUUUUAAAGAUAUUAUUACAGACACUCCUGGUCUUUGGAAUACAAGAUGAAUUUACACGUCUGGUUUCACCGAACAUAUCAACUUGUACGAUAAUUCCAGUAUGAUGGUAGACUAUUUACACUGGAAUAACAGCAUAAUAAUAAUUUGUAUAAUUGUCUACAUGCGUAAUUCUAUGAAAACCACAGACAAACAUGCAUAGUUAGUCAAAUAAAACAACAUCUUUUAAGGUC